CACACGCCUCACGCGGCGGAGGUCCCCUCGGUCCGGCUGCGGUGCCCCUCCGAGUCUUGGCCCUGUCCUACCACUCCGCCGCCCCCCUCCUUCCUUAUUUGAACUUUUACUACCACGCCGCCCAACGCUGCGCUGCGAGCCUGCAACACACACAGCUUCCGAGCCUCCGAGGCGACGCGGAGGCGCCUCGCUCACGCCGCCGGCACCGAGACGCGCCCGCAGAACUCCCUCCGUCGCUAGGGCUUGCUCCCGCGUCCCCCACUUGGCGCGGCGAUGGAUGACGGCGGCGAGGCCCCCGCUGCUCCUGCUGCUGAGGCGGCGGUAGCGGUGAGGAACCCUAGGUGCUACCUCGACGUCAGCAUCGGCGGGGAGCUGGAGGGGCGGAUCGUGGUCGAGCUCUACGCCUCCGUGGUGCCGCGCACGGCGGAGAACUUCCGCGCCCUCUGCACCGGCGAGAAGGGCGUCGGCGCCGACAACGGCGUGCCCCUCCACUACAAGGGCUCAUGUUUCCAUCGCAUAGUCAAGGGUUUUAUGGUACAAGGUGGAGAUAUAACUGCUGGUGAUGGAACUGGGGGACAGUCAAUAUAUGGAUUGAAUUUUGAGGAUGAGAAUUUUGUCUUGAAGCAUGAGAGGAAAGGGAUGUUAUCAAUGGCAAAUGCUGGACCCAACACAAAUGGAUCUCAGUUUUUCAUCACUACCACCCGAACACCUCACCUCGAUGGAAAACAUGUUGUUUUUGGAAGGGCUAUAAAAGGAAUGGGCGUGGUUCGUGCAAUGGAGCAUAUUCCUGUUGAUGAAGCUGACUGCCCGACUGAUGACGUUAUUAUUGUUGAUUGUGGAGAGAUACCAGAAGGUGCCAAUGAUGGAGUUGUUAACUUUUUCAAGGAUGGUGACAUGUAUCCUGAUUGGCCAAAUGAUCUUGAUGAAAAGCCUGCAGAAGUUUCUUGGUGGAUUGAUGCUGUGGAGUCUGCAAAAGCUUUUGGAAAUGAAAGUUUCAAGAAACAGGAUUACAAGACAGCCCUCAGAAAAUACAGAAAAGCCAUGCGGUACUUAGAUCUUUGCUGGGAGAAAGAAGACAUUGAUGAAGAGAGGAGCACAGCGCUGCGAAAAACAAAGUCAGUUAUAUUCACAAAUAGCUCUGCUUGCAAACUGAAGUUGGGAGAUUUGGAGGGUGCUUUGUUAGAUGCAGAUUUUGCACUACGUGAAAGGGAGGACAAUGCAAAAGCUUUUUUCCGACAAGGACAGGUAUGCAUGGCGCUCAACCAUAUUGAUGCUGCAGUGGAGAGCUUCAAGCAGGCACUGGAAUUAGAACCAAAUGAUGGAGGAAUUAAGCGUGAACUUGCUGCUGCAAAGAAGAAGAUUUCUGACAAACGAGAUCAGGAGAGGAAGGCGUUUUCGAGGUUGUUCCAACCUUCAGGAGGAUCAGAGAAGAGUGACAGCGAGAAUAGUUGAUCCUGCAAGCUUAACCUUUUAUAGUUAUUCUGUUGUUGCAAGUCAAAAUGUUCAGGAGGGAGCUUGCACGACAGGAAAAACUCCCAUCAGACAACCCGAAAUAGUGGGGUGACACUGACGCUAGAGCCUUUUGUGUCCAGCAUGGAAGGAACCAUGGAUCUAUAUUGUCGUAGAAAUGUAAUCCCUGGCAUCGACUUAGCAGUCAGAUUCUCAGAAACGCCUGCUAAUAGACUGAUUCGGUCAAUGAACCACCAUUAACGUAAUGAUGACUGAUACCGACAUGUGUGUGGUUCACGUA